AUGGCGGACAUUCGGACAAUGUUUGCCGCGCAGCAAAAUGGAGCACAGGCUGCCACUUCGAGUCCCAAAAUUGGUGGUAAAUCGAUUGAGAAGAUUUACCAAAAGAAAUCUCAACUGGAGCAUAUUCUCCUCCGUCCGGAUACAUAUAUCGGUUCGAUCGAGCUGUUACGAGAGCAGAUGUGGGUAUACGAUGUGGAGUUAAAAAAGAUGGUCCAGAAAGAGAUCUCAUACGUGCCGGGAUUGUACAAGAUUUUCGAUGAGAUUCUCGUGAACGCGGCAGAUAAUAAGCAGCGGGAUGCAAAGAUGAGCAUGAUUAAAAUUGAGAUAAAUCAGGAAACUAAUACCAUCUCGGUGUGGAACAACGGCCAAGGUAUCCCGGUGGUAAUGCACAAGGAAGAAAAAAUGUUCGUACCGACGAUGAUCUUCGGACACUUGUUAACCUCUUCGAACUACAACGACGAGGAAGAGAAGGUAACUGGUGGCCGAAACGGGUAUGGUGCGAAGCUUUGCAAUAUUUUCAGCACCAAGUUCACGGUCGAGACCGCUACGAAGCAAUACAAAAAAUGCUUCAAGCAAAGUUGGGGUGACAACAUGUCUAAGGCCUCCGAACCCAAGAUUAAGGACGAUUUUCACGGAGAGGACUACACCAAGAUUACGUUUUCGCCCGACUUAUCCAAGUUUAAGAUGGAAAAACUGGAUAACGACAUUGUUGGUCUGUUGUCUCGGCGAGCCUACGAUGUGGCUGCUUCGACACGUGGAGUCACCGUCUUCCUGAACGGUCAGAAAGUGCCGAUCAAGUCGUUCAAAGACUACGUCGAACUGUUCCUCAAGGAUUCGACCGAUGAUAUCGGCGUCCCAGUGAAAGCUUGCUUCGAAACCGUCAAUGAACGCUGGGAAGUGGGAGUGGCCAUAUCAGAUCGCGGCUUCCAGCAAGUAUCGUUCGUUAACUCGAUAGCCACUACAAAGGGUGGUCGUCACGUCGACUAUGUGUCGGACAUGGUAGUGAAGCAGUUGAUCGAGGUCCUGAAAAAAAAGAACAAAGGCGGUGUGACCAUUAAACCAUUCCAGGUCAAGAACCACAUGUGGGUCUUCAUCAACUGUCUGAUCGUCAAUCCGACGUUUGACUCGCAGACUAAGGAAAACAUGACCCUGCAAUCGAAAAGCUUCGGUUCAAAAUGCAACCUUUCCGAGAAGUUUAUUACAGCCGUAUCGAAAAGUGGCAUCGUUGAAUCGGUACUGCAAUGGGCCAAAUUUAAGGCUCAAACUGAUCUUGCAAAGACGUCCGGUUCGAAGAAAUCGAAAAUCAAGGGCAUUCCUAAGUUGGAGGACGCCAACGAUGCUGGUUCGCGCAAUUCAUUGAAUUGUACCCUCAUCCUAACGGAGGGAGACUCAGCCAAAACGUUGGCUGUUUCAGGGUUAGGAGUUGUUGGUCGAGACACGUACGGUGUUUUUCCUCUGCGAGGUAAACUUUUGAACGUCCGCGAAGCUACGCAUAAGCAGAUUCUUGAGAAUGCUGAGAUCAAUAACCUCAUCAAGAUUCUUGGCCUGCAGUAUAAGAAGAAAUAUCUAACGAUGGACGAUCUGAAGGCUUUACGAUAUGGAAAAGUGAUGAUUAUGACCGAUCAGGAUCAGGAUGGGUCCCACAUCAAGGGAUUACUGAUAAAUUUUAUACACACCAACUGGCCGGAGUUGUUACGUUUGCCCUUCCUGGAGGAAUUCAUAACGCCGAUCGUAAAGGCGACGAAAAAGAAUGGCGAAGAGCUGUCUUUCUUUUCUCUGCCAGAGUUUGAGGAAUGGAAAGCGGACACUCCCAACGCCCACACGUACAACAUAAAGUACUACAAGGGUUUGGGUACGUCCACGUCUAAGGAGGCCAAGGAGUACUUCCAGAACAUGGAACGACAUCGAGUUUUGUUCCGUUACGAGGACACCGGAGAUGACGACUCGAUUCUGAUGGCUUUCUCAAAGAAGGCUAUCGAACAACGUAAAGAGUGGUUAACGGCGCACAUGGAAGAGUGUCGCCAUCGCAAGCAGGUCGGUUUACAAGAGCGCUAUUUGUACACGAAGACAACAAAACACGUUUCCUACAAAGACUUCGUCAAUCUCGAGCUAGUGCUGUUCUCCAACGCCGAUAACGUACGAUCGAUCCCGUGUGUGUUGGACGGCUUGAAGCCCGGUCAGCGGAAAGUAUUGUUUACGUGCUUCAAGCGUAACGACAAGCGCGAGGUGAAGGUGGCUCAGCUGUCCGGUUCAGUCGCGGAGAUGUCCGCCUAUCACCACGGUGAGAUGUCCCUGUGCUCGACGAUCAUCAAUUUGGCACAGAACUAUGUCGGAAGCAACAACAUUAAUCUGCUUUAUCCGGGUGGUCAGUUUGGUACACGCCUUACGGGAGGAAAAGACAGCGCUAGCCCGAGGUACAUCUUCACGAUGAUGUCCGCUCUGACGCGCCACAUUUUCCACCCGCUCGACGAUCCACUGCUGGAGUAUCAGAACGAGGACAAUCAGCGCAUUGAACCCGUUUGGUACUUGCCAAUUAUACCAAUGCUGCUGAUAAAUGGAGCGGAAGGUAUCGGUACUGGUUGGGCGACUAAGAUUCCUAACCAUAACCCGCGUGAUGUGAUUGCCAACAUACGACGUAUGCUGAACGGGGAAGAGCCCAAGGUGUUAACACCGUGGUACAAAAACUUCCGUGGCAUCAUCGAAGCAGUCGGACCGCAUCGAUACAUUACUGCGGGACAGGUGUCGCUGUUGGAUAAUGAGAAGAUUGAGAUUUCCGAACUGCCCAUCGGCACCUGGACGCAGACGUACAAGGAAAAUGUAUUGGAACCGCUGCUGCACGGCAAUGACAAGCAGAAGGCAAUCAUUUCGGACUAUAAAGAGUACAACACGGACACCACGGUGCGGUUUGUGAUUUCCUUCCUAAGCGGUGAAUAUGCGAAAUUGUACGCCGAAGAAGGUGGAUUCCAUCGGGUGUUUAAGCUCACCAGCUCCAUCUCAACGUCUACGAUGAACGCGUUCGACGACAAGAACUAUCUCAAACGAUACGCCCACGCGAACGACAUAUUCUUAGAGUUUUACACGAUCCGACUCGAGUACUAUGGCAAGCGGCGAACGUACCUGCUCGGCAUGCUGCAGGCCGAAGCGGACUGUAUGUCUGAUAAGGCACGGUUCAUCAUGGAGAAGUGCAGCGGUACGCUGGUGGUUGAGAACAAGAAGCGUAAGGUUAUGAUAGACGAGCUCAUCAAGCGCGGCUACCGAGCGGAUCCGGUCAAAGAAUGGAAAAGGCGUAUCCAGAUGGACGAGCAGGAAGAGGAUGACGGUGAUGGUGAGGAGGACGAGGAGCAGCUGGAAGAUGUGAAACCCGGAAAAUCGUCGGCGAAGGGUGGCAAGGCUCCAAUUGAUCCUGAGAAAGCAUUCCAGAAGCUCACUGAUGUGAAAAAGUUCGAUUACUUGCUUGGUAUGAGCAUGUGGAUGCUGACGGAUGAACGAAAAAACGAAAUACUGAAGCAGCGUGACAUGAAACUGGCCGAACUGAAAGCCCUUGAAGCGAAAACGGUGCAGAUGCUCUGGAUUGACGAUCUCGAUGCUCUGUCGAAGAAGCUAGACGAGGUGGAAGAUAAGGAACGGUUGGAGGCGAUCAAUACCGAAAAGAAGCUGAAAUCUUCUAUGAGCAAGACCACUGCUACGGGUCGUAAGAUGACCAGCAAUCGGAAACACGCCAUCGAUGAAACCAAACCGAGCGUGAAUGCGGAAUCUGUGCAAUUCCGUGUGACGGAGGAGUUGUUUAAAAAGUUCGAAAAAGCAGCAGCAUUGUCAGCGGGAGUCAAGGUGAAGAAGGAAAAGAAGGAACCUGGUGAAAAUGGGGAUGGCGGUGAAAUGGAUGAGUUUGAUGCAUUGGUUGAAGGAACGGCAGGUGCCGGUGGUGAUGAGAAGCCGAAACCGAAACCGAGGGUUAAGAAAGAACCUAAAGAUCCGGCGGCGCCCAAGGCACCACGAGUGAAGAAGGAACCCGCCACGAAGGCUCCUGCUAAACGAGGACGUAAGAAGAAGGGUGCUUCAUCAGAUGAAGAUAAUAUGUUCAACUCGGACAUGAGCGGAGACGAUUUUUCGUCACCUCCCGUACCGGCCCGUGAGAAAAUUGGACGGCGCGCCGCAGCUGCCAAGGUAAACUAUUCUGCACUGGCUGGUAAUGAUGAUGACGAGGACGACGACUUCAACCGUUCGGAUGACGAAAUGUUUGACAACACGAACGCGGGACGAUCGAAUACCGCCGUCCGUUCUGCUGCUGACGAUGGCAGUGAUGUCGAGGUCCAGGCACCAGAUCUGAACGCCAUGGUAGAAAUCAUUGAUUCAGAUUCGUCACCGGUGAAGAAAGCACCGGCCAAAAAACGUACUCUUGCACCGAAGAUGGCAGGCCCAAAGGCCGCCGCCGGACCUAAGCGUGGCAGAAAAAUAGCUGACAGCAGUAGUGAGGCCGGAACGCCCGUCAAGAAGAAAACGAAAAAGAAGAGCUACAACACUUCCAGCGAGGAAGAAAACUCCCCAACUGAUGAUGAUUCGGACUUCUAAGCAACCCCCACCGCGCACAGCGAGACGAAUCCCAUUAGUAUUUGACCCGUCGUGGGACUUGGCGUAAAUUGAAGCUGUAAAUUGCAUUUCAGCUUAUGCAAAAGGGAUUACCCAAUGUAGCCUCGUAGGGCAUUUUUUUUAAAUUUGAUACACUACCUAUCCAUACGACGUGGAAAAGGGAAGGUACUAUUCGAUGAAGGAGAAAAGAAAGAUACUGGAGGGGAUCUAUUUAACGGCAUAGUUUUAACAUACCUUUUUCCUAGUAAAACACUAAUGCUAGGCAAUGAAUCAGCUACUUGCUAAAGGUACCGCAGCCAAUCGUUGUGCGGGUUUUCUGCUAUUUUCUCUUGUAAUGUUAGAUGAGCGUAGCACUGUACGGUUUUUAGUGAAAAUUGACACUAACUCUAAACCGCUCUGCUAGUGAAUUAGCUAGCGAGCAUUAAAAAUCAGUGAUAGCUUCGUUUCUUACAAACGCACAACCUGUAUCACCUUGCUACCAACCGUUGAAAUACGCAAAAACGUAACAUGUAUCCAACGCAUUAUCCUCAUCGACUUGGAAUAGGAAUGAAAAACGUCGGGAGAGCAAACUACAUCGUCGAGAGAUGGUUAGAAGAUAGGAAGUGAGUGAUUAUAAUACCGAAAAUAUUAGUAUUUAAUCUGAACGUAUAUCUAAAUAUAUUACCGUAAAUGGACACAUGUACAAUUAUCUUGGAUUGGGAUUUUUAACGUUGCGAAGAAGGGAGUA